AUGGCUGUGUUCUUGGGCUGUUGUUCUCAGGCCAGAGGCACAGACCAUGGAAAGGAGCCGAGUAAUGAAAGCCGUUUGUCACCGCAGGUUUUCACGCGCUAUGGGAAGUGCUACACCUUCAACGCGGGCGGAGACGGACAGCCUCCUCUGAUCACCACCAAGGGAGGCAUGGGCAACGGGCUGGAGCUGAUGCUGGACAUUCAACAGGACGAGUACCUGCCAGUGUGGGGGGAGACUGAUGAGACGUCUUUUGAGGCCGGGAUCAAAGUUCAGAUCCACAGUCAGGACGAGCCCUCGUUCAUCGACCAGCUGGGUUUUGGUGUGGCCCCUGGAUUUCAGACUUUUGUGUCAUGCCAAGAACAACGGCUCAUAUAUCUGCCUCCACCCUGGGGCGACUGUAAAGUGACCCCCAUGGACUCCGACUUCUUCGACAGCUACAGCAUCACGGCCUGCCGCAUCGACUGUGAGACACGCUAUCUGGUGGACAACUGUAACUGCAGGAUGGUGCAUAUGCCAGGAGAUGCACCUUACUGCACUCCGGAGCUGUAUAAGGAAUGUGCUGAUCCUGCGCUUGACUUCCUGGUGGAGCGGGACAAUGACUUCUGUGUGUGUGAGACUCCCUGCAACAUGACACGAUACAACAAAGAGCUGUCGUUUGUGAAGAUUCCCAGUAAAGCCUCCACCAAGUAUUUGGCCAAGAAGUACAACCGCACAGAGCAGUACAUCAAGGAUAAUAUACUUGUCCUGGACAUCUUCUUCGAGGCUCUUAAUUAUGAGACGAUAGAGCAGAAGAAGGCGUAUGAAGUGGCUGGGCUUUUAGGUGACAUCGGAGGACAGAUGGGGCUCUUCAUUGGAGCCAGUAUACUCACCAUUUUGGAGUUGUUUGAUUAUCUCUAUGAGGUCCUGAAGUACAAACUGUGUCCAUGCUCCGAUAAGAAACACAAACACGGCUCCAGCGGGGACCAGGGCACCGUGCUCAGCCUGGACGACGUCAAGUGCCACGUGACUAACUUCCACUAG